UUAUAGAUAGAGCUAGUACAUACAAUGCCUAAAGCCACUAUUACGCAAAGCGUUUCGGGCAUAUGCUCCAAAUGCUCCAGAUGCAUCUUUCUGGAUGAUGAUAUUAAUAAAAUAAUUAAGGCGGUGUACAAGUGACACCCCCCCCACCCUUGUGUACAAGUGACAAGAGGCGUGAGUACACCUUGAGUGACCCAACCUCACACCUCAAAACAUCUCACUCGUACUACUCCAACAAACCAUGCAUUAUAUUCUAUUGUACAACAUGAAACAUCAAUUAGCAGACGGAGGCCGGCCGUGGAGGGAUCGAUUAUCAAGGAUUGACCAGCGCGCCGCUAGCUUCUGUGCUGGGGUUCCCGGGGCGUGGAGGGGCGCUGGGGCUACAUGUUCCAAGGGAUGCCUGGUGGGUGAAUGGGGAGCGGGGGCUAUAUGUUCCAAGGGAUGCCUGGUGGGUGAAUGGGGAGCAGAGGCUAUGUUCCAGGGGAUGCCUGGUGGGUGGGAGGUUAGGUUGCAGAGGUUGCCAGGUGGGUGGGAGGGAGGAGGGCAGAGUCACAGGGUUGCCUGUAAGGGGAGCUGGGAGGGGAAGGGUGGGCCAGGCUCCAGGGGUGGCCCAGCACGGGCCUCGCAUUCCAGUCUUGGAAUCACCCGUGUUGCGGUGCGCCUGAACUCCUCUACUCCAGCCAUAUCUGUGCCCAACGCACACCUGGGUGCCACACACCUGGCCGCCACACACACCUGGGCGAGCGCUAAACCUGAGAGGAAGGCGCAGCCGGAGGGGCAGCAGGGCCAGACUCUGCCGAAGACCCAGCCCUGGCCUCAUCCGUCACCGGGAUGUCUGCGCCCCUCUUCACACGGCUGAGCCUGCCGGAGGGGCUGGAGGAGAUGGUGGAGGUGCUGGCUCGGGAGGUCAUCAAGAGCCAGUACUCGGAGCCGUAUGACAUAUAUAACUUUGCCUGGAAACACUUCUCAGAGCUGGUGGCACGCCACAAGAGUCUCCCUGCUAAAGAUGGGGCGCCGUACGGGGGUCGCUCCAGGAGGGUCCCAGGAGGCAGCCAAGGAGAGAGCGGUGGGCAGCGCGCCAGCAGGAGACGACCGCUGCCUGGGACUGGCGUGGUGCUGGCGGGCGUGGCAGGCGUGGCUGGCAGAAAGAAGGAAGUAAAGCUCCUGAAGGAAGGCGUGGCGGCUAAGACAAGUUCCCUGGACCGCGCAACAACUAAACCUGUCCGUCGUUCCUUCAUUGCUGAAACAAAGGACAAGAUGAAGAAGAGCAUGUCGCUGGACCGCCGCAACGCCCCGGCGCUCAGCCGCGCGGACAAGGCCGAGAGCGAGGAGAAGGUGGCCAUCGCUCGCGAGUCCAUGUUAACAAGAGCCAGGAAGACGAAGAAGCUUGAAGAAGGGAACAAAAAGAAGAAGCCCGGAGUCAAGGAGGGAAACGGGCGCCGGGCAGCUGUGAUUGGAGGUGUAGCAGCUGCGGGGGCGGCAGUCGCAACUGCAGGGGCUAUCGCGGCAACUGAGCUUGCUGAUUACACCACUGAGGCAGCCGGAGAUUUGAGUAAUGCAGUUGAAGAUGUUGCUGGUGGAGUAUUGGAUGCUGCAGGGGCACCAGCUGAGGAUGUGGCAGCUGAGGAUGUGGCAGCUGAAGCAGAGGAACCAGCUGAGGAUGUGGCAGCUGAAGCAGAGGAACCAGCUGAGGAUGUGGCAGCUGAAGCAGAGGAACCAGCUGAGGAUGUGGCAGCUGAAGCAGAGGAACCUGCUGAGGAUGUGGCAGCUGAAGAAGAAGCUGCAGCAGAGGAACCAGCUGAGGAUGUGGCAGCUGAAGAAGCUGCAGCAGAGGAGCCAGCUGAGGAUGUGACAGCUGAAGAAGCUGCAGCAGAUGAGCCAGCUGAGGAUGUGGCAGCUGAAGAAGCUGCAGCAGAGGAGCCAGCUGAGGAUGUGGCAGCUGAAGAAGAAGCUGCAGCAGAGGAACCAGCUGAGGAUGUGGCAGCUGAAGAAGAAGCUGCAGCAGAGGAGCCAGCUGAGGAUGUGGCAGCUGAAGAAGAAGCUGCAGCAGAGGAACCAGCUGAGGAUGUGACAGCUGAAGAAGCUGCAGCAGAUGAGCCAGCUGAGGAUGUGGCAGCUGAAGAAGCUAAAGCAGAGGAGCCAGCUGAGGAUGGGGCAGCUGAAGAGCCAGCUGAGGAUGGGGCAGCUGAAGAGCCAGCUGAGGAUGGGGCAGCUGAAGAGCCAGCUGAGGAUGGGGCAGCUGAAGAGCCAGCUGAGGAUGGGGCAGCUGAAGAGCCAGCUGAGGAUGUGGCAGCUGAAGAAGAAGCUGCAACUGAGGAGCCAGUUGAGGAUGUGGCAGCUGUAGCAGAGGAGCCAGCUGAGGAGCCAGUUGAGGAUGUGGCAGCUGCAGCAGAGGAGCCAGCUGAGGAUGGGGCAGCCGCAGCAGAGGAGCCAGCUGAGGAUGGGGCAGCUGCAGCAGAGGAGCCAGCUGAGGAUGGGGCAGCCGCAGUAGAGGAGCCAGCUGAGGAUGGGGCAGCCGCAGCAGAGGAGCCAGCUGAGGAUGGGGCAGCCACAGCAGAGGAGCCAGCUGAGGAUGGGGCAGCUGCAGCAGAGGAGCCAGCUGAGGAUGGGGCAGCUGCAGCAGAGGAUGUGGCAGCUGAAGAAGCUGCAGCAGAGGAGCCAGCUGAGGAUGUGACAGCUGAAGAAGCUGCAGCAGAGGAACCAGCUGAGGAUGUGACAGCUGAAGAAGCUGCACCAGAGGAGCCAGCUGAGGCUGGGGCAGCUGCAGCAGAGGAGCCAGCUGAGGAUGGGGCAGCUGCAGCAGAGGAGCCAGCUGAGGAUGGGGCAGCUGCAGCAAAGGAGCCAGCUGAGGAUGGGGCAGCUGCAGCAGAGGAGCCAGCUGAGGAUGUGGCAGCUGCAGCAGAAGAGCCAGCUGAGGAUGUGGCAGCUGAAGAAGCUGCAGCAGAGGAACCAGCUGAGGAUGUGACAGCUGAAGAAGCUGCACCAGAGGAGCCAGCUGAGGCUGGGGCAGCUGCAGCACAGGAGCCAGCUGAGGAUGGGGCAGCUGCAGCAGAGGAGCCAGCUGAGGAUGGGGCAGCUGCAGCAGAGGAGCCAGCUGAGGAUGGGGCAGCUGCAGCAGAAGAGCCAGCUGAGGAUGUGGCAGCUGAAGAAGCUGCUGCAGCAGACGAGCCAGCUGAGGAUGUGGCAGCUGCACCAGAGGCACCAGCUGAGGUUGUGGUAGCUGAAGAAGAAACUGAAGCUGCAGCAGAGGAGCCAGUUGAGGAUGUGGCAGCUGUACCAGAGGAACAAGCUGAGGAUGUGGCAGAAGCACCAGAACAACAAGCUGAGGAUGUGGCAGCAGCAGCACCAGAGGAACCAGCUGAGGCUGCUGCAAAUGCAGCUGAAGUGGUUGAUGCAACUGACGUUGCAGAAACAAUUGAAGACACGGGAGCUGCAGCCGAGGAUGUUACUGAAGCAGCUGAGGGAGUUUCAGAAACAGCUGAAGAUGAAAUUCCUGCAGAUGAGGAUGCAGUAGAUAUUGUCGAAGAUACAGGAGCUGCAGCUGAGGAUGUUACAAAAACAGAUGAUGAUACAGCUCCUGCUGCUGAGGAUAUUACAGAAGCAGCUGAAUAUACAAUUCCUGCAGCUGCGGAUGAGGCAGAUAUUGUCGAAGAUAAAGGGGCUGUAGCUGAGGAUGGUACAGAAGCAGCUGAAGAUACAGUUCCUGCAGCUGAGGAUGGUACAGAAGCAGCUGAAGAUACAGUUCCUGCAGCUGAGGAUGGUACAGAACCAGCUGAAGAUACAGUUCCUGCAGCUGAGGAUGGUACAGAAGCAGCUGAAGAUACAGUUCCUGCAGCUGAGGAUGGUACAGAAGCAGCUGAAGAUGCAGUUCCUGCAGCUGAGGAUGGUACAGAAGCAGCUGAGGAUAGUACAGAAGCAGCUGAAGAUACAGUUCCUGCAGCUGAGGAUGUUACAGGAACUGAAGAUGCAGUUCCUGGAGCUGCGGAUGUUACAGAAGCAGCUGAAGAUGUGGCAGAUACUGUCGAAGAUACAGGAGCUGCAGCUGAGGAUGUUACAGCAGCUGAAGAUGUGGCAGAUACUGUCGAAGAUACAGGAGCUGCAGCUGAGGAUGUUACAGAAGGAGCUGAAGAUGCAGUUCCUGGAGCUGAGGAUGUUACAGAAGCAGCUGAAGAUGUGGCAGAUACUGUUGAAGAUACAGGAGCUGCAGCUGAGGAUGUUACAGGAGCUGAAGAUGUGGCAGAUACUGUUGAAGAUACAGGAGCUGCAGCUGAGUAUGUUACAGAAGGAGCUGAAGAUGUGGCAGAUACUGUCGAAGAUACAGGAGCUGCAGCUGAGGAUGUUACAGAAGCAGCUAAAGAUGCAGUUCCUGGAGCUGAGGAUGUUACAGAAGCAGCUGAAGAUGUGGCAGAUACUGUUGAAGAUACAGGAGCUGCAGCUGAGGAUGUUACAGGAGCUGAAGAUGUGGCAGAUACUGUCGAAGAUACAGGAGCUGCAGCUGAGGAUGUUACAGGAGCUGCAGCUGAGGAUGUUACAGGAGCUGAAGAUGUGGCAGAUACUGUCGAAGAUACAGGAGCUGCAGCUGAGGAUGUUACAGGAGCUGCAGCUGAGGAUGUUACAGGAGCUGAAGAUGUGGCAGAUACUGUCGAAGAUACAGGAGCUGCAGCUGAGGAUGUUACAGGAGCUGCAGCUGAGGAUGUUACAGGAGCUGAAGAUGUGGCAGAUACUGUCGAAGAUACAGGAGCUGCAGCUGAGGAUGUUACAGGAGCUGCAGCUGAGGAUGUUACAGGAGCUGCAGCUGAGGAUGUUACAGGAGCUGAAGAUGUGGCAGAUACUGUCGAAGAUACAGGAGCUGCAGCUGAGGAUGUUACGGAAGGAGCUGAAGAUGCAGUUCCUGGAGCUGAGGAUGUUACAGAAGCAGCUGAAGAUGUGGCAGAUACUGUCGAAGAUACAGGAGCUGCAGCUGAGUAUGUUACGGAAGGAGCUGAAGAUGCAGUUCCUGGAGCUGAGGAUGUUACAGAAGCAGCUGAAGAUGUGGCAGAUACUGUUGAAGAUACAGGAGCUGCAGCUGAGGAUGUUACAGAAGCAGCUGAAGAUGUGGCAGAUACUGUUGAAGAUACAGGAGCUGCAGCUGAGGAUGUUACAGAAGCAGCUGAAGAUGUGGCAGAUAGUAUUGAAGAUACAGGAGCAGCAGCUGAGGAUGUUACGGAAGCAGCUGAAGAUUUAGAUCCUGCAGCUGAGGAUGUUACAGAAGCAGCUGAAGAUGUGGCAGAUACUGUCGAAGAUACAGAAGCUGCAGCUGAGGAUAUUACAGCAGCUGCUGAAAAUGCAGUUCCUGCAGUUGAGGAUGUGGCAGAAACUGUCGAAGAUACAGGACCUGUAGAUGAGGAUGGUAUAGAAGCAGCUGAGGAUGUUGCAGAUACAAAUGAAGACAAUGUAACUGAUGUGGAUGAUUCGGGAACCACAAUUGGUGAAGUUGCAGAUACAGUUGACGAUACUGAAGCUGCUGCUGAUAUGGCAGAUAUUGCUGAAGAUGCAACUGAAGACACAGCUGGUGCAGAUGAAAGUUCAGCUGAAGCUUUAGCUCCUGGACCUGAAGACGAGGCAGAAGAUGUGACAAACACUGUGGCGGCAGCUGAAACUGUACAGGAAGUGGAGGAGUCUGUGAGGAGCGCCAUGGAGGGUAGAGUUGGAGACGAGGAGCACAAGAGCACUCCUUACCCCUCCGCCAGGCUCCGCUCACCAGAGGCCCUCGCCUCCACACUUGACAGCAUUCAAGACGAAGGCUCGAAUUCCGCCGAUAUUGACGAGAGUAAAAAUGUAAGUUUCUUCGUUGGUGAUGAAGAUGUCGAUAACGAAAUCAAGAAUGAGACGAGUCAAAUUCUCGGGGAGACGGAGGCCGGGAUAAGCUCUGCAGAAGGACUCGUUAUUGACUCAUAUGGCGGACAGACAGCUGGGGAGGACCCGAGCGAUGCAGCUGCCCACGGUGUUGAAUCAUCGCCCUUCGCCUCCUUCGCUUCUCAAAGUCAACACCAGCACGAGUUCGACGAAUCAGACGAGGAGAAUCAUCGCAGAGGACAACAGCAGGAGUUCCAGGGCAUCAACCCGAGCUCCUCACAGGGUCACACAGCAGUCAGCACCGUAAACCAGCUACACAACCAAGCUGGCUUUGGCUUCAGGAAGUUCUUCGAUGAAGUCAAAGCAGACAUCAAGAACUUUGUGUCACAUCCACAUGCUAGACAUUAGCAGUGCGGAAGAGGAGGACGAGCUACAGCAGGCAGCCACCAAGAUCCAGGCAGCAUUUCGAGGCUUCAAAACAAGACAAGAUUUGAAGCAAUCCCAACAUUCAGGAAAAAUAAAC